CCUGGACCCCUCCUAUCAAAAGAAAAAAGCUCGCCACGAUCACUCAUGGGACUUUUUGCAAUACACAAUUGUCUGCCAUGCGUAAAAAUGCAUCACUGCCACACUUCAUAAGGGAUUUCCCUAGUGUUUCUGCAAUACAAGGAGAAGUUGUGAUGCUGAGAAAAUUUGUAAUGUCAAGUGUGCAGCUUACUGACUUCGAAAGACUUUUUUCUCUCCAUACCUUCGGCGUGGGGCAGGACGUGAAGGUGGGUGGGUCCAUUCCCGUCGUGCUGCUCAUCGUGUUGACGGAAAAAGCUUUGAGUGGCGCGGCGCAAAGUGCGAUCGGUAAUGCUAGUCGUGCGGGUGCUCUACUACAACAACAUCCGGGCACCACGGCUGUGGGUAUUAAAGGAAAUUCUGCACAGAUGGUGCACCAAGCUGAUCAAGACCGGCAAAAUUCCAUUGUGGAGCGGCAGGAGGUAUGGAUUGCACAGAUGUUUGGGUCUGGAAAAGUGCAAGGUUUGUCAUGCUAGGCUAGCAAGUUUCCUAAGUCUGUCAUGCGCGUUACCCAAAGUCCCUAUUUUUCUGUGAUGCAAAAACGCAGUUUGUCAUGCAGAAUAGGCAAGACUUAGAAGCUCAGAAACUUGUCAUGCUGAGCCAUCAUUUGUGGCCUCCACAUUCUAAGUCCCUCAGCAUUACAAGUUUCCAGACCCAGACAUAUUUGCAUUUGAUAGGAUGUUACCAAGCUGUGCUUUCAGAAACUGUUGGAUAGCGUUUCGGGAAAACUGGAGCUGUUGAGCCGCGGACAGACAAUGGAGGAAAUAUGGAUUGCAAAAAUGUCUGGGUCUGGAAGAGUGGAACGUGUAAUGCUGUCUGCGGAUUCUAAAAAUAUCUGUGUUGCAUGAGCAGCAAGAGGAGUCAGUUCUUGGCACGCGGAGAGGGCAUUUCUCAUGCGUAAUCAGCGUCAAGAAGCUCUCAAAAAAUCUGUGAUGCUAGCACCAGCAUCACAGACCUCACGGGUCAUGCAAAAUGUGCAUGACAAGUCCCGACUCUUCCAGACCCAGACAUUUUUGCACUUGAUAGGAAAGAGUGUUGAGCAACAAGAAAAUGGAAGAAGAGGAGGAGCAAAAGAAGCUCUUGAUGAAAAACGUCGGAUCAACUACUGCUCAAGCCGUCAACCUUGCGGCCGCCCCGCCACUGAAAAAGAGGAGAAAAAAAGGAGAUCGUUCAGGACCUGCGGCCUCUAGUAGUGCGACAGAUCAGGAACUACAGAUAGCUGCAAGGAACAGAGAUGUUGACCAGCACCAGCAGGCUGAGAUCUCUUCUUCAGACGAUAGCGCAGAUGAAAGAAACGAGCUGGAACAGCGGGAGCGGAGCGCGCUAGCUUCUGUGCUCGAAGCCGCGUCAUCUACAACUUCAGGAGACCACGACCAUCAAACUUUGAAGCCGAUAUCUUCAAAUAUCGCAGGACAAGCCUUACAACCUUCAGCACCGUCGAGAAGUGGUCGCCCCGCGGAAGAUGUGCUGAACCAGGACUCGCAUUUUUUGGAAAAGCACGACUUACCCUACUAUGUGCCGGAUUUGGAAAAAUUCCCGAACUUGAGAACCUUAUCCAAUGCAAAAAUGUCUGGGUCUGGAACAAAGCAACUUGUGAUGCUAAAUCUGAAUCAUGUAUAAAUCUGUGUUGCAUGAUAACCAAAAGCUGUCCACUUUUGACCUAAUCGAGACAGAGGCAGCUUGUCAUGCAGAAUAGGCAUGAUAGAACUCUCAUAGAAUCUGUCAUGCUAUGUGCUACAUGCCAGACCUCAUAGGUCAUGGAAAACCUGCAUGACAAGUCUGGCACUCUUCCAGACCCAGACACUUUUGCAGUUGAUAAACCUUGCAGAAUUACCAAAAGCAGGGCAUCGCGUUCCUGUUCGCGAGGGAAAAUCCGGAAAUCUGCGUACUACAGUGAAAAAUGCCCCCACCCCCGAACUUGGGAGCAUUUGUAUUGCAAACCUUUCCAAAUGAAACGUUCGCCCUCUUGCAUGUAUCAGCAUCACAGGUUUCCAAUCGUGAAUAGCAAAAAUUUGUAUUGCAAAAGACCCCAGCAAGUGCGGCGCUUGUCAUGGAAGCGAUGCGAUACACGCCUAGACUCUGCAUCAGAAAGAUUCAUACUCCUUUCAUGCAUGACAAAAAGUUUUCAUUUGGAAACUUCGCAUCACAAAUUUUUGCGAUUUCAGGGGUGGUGGGGCGCGUUUUUCACUGUAAUAGUGCGGGAACAUCGGGAACAAGUGGAAAGGGAUGUGUGAAAACUUUGGAGGGGAAGAUGGAGGAAAAAACCCGAGGAAAAUGAAUGCUGUCAUUUUCACCAGAGAAGUGCCACUGCAACUGGACACAGCGAGUGCAGCUGCGCAGCCUAGUCGUGGCCGCCCAGGCGGAGGAGCAGCUCCGAGUGCAGCGAAUAGUAGAGACCUUUCCGAAUUUGCAACUAGGAUCACGUCGCCGAAAGAGGACGGCAGGAAGAGGAAAAGAACAAGCGUGGGCGGCGCCGCUGCUGGAACAUCAUCAACGAGUGGUAGCAAAAAAAGAACUACAACAGCACGAUCAGGAGAAAAAACAACAGCGACAUCAGCUCUGUCGAAAGUACUAGACGGCAACAAGAAACAGCAAACAACUUCUACCCAGAGCAAGAACAUCAAGCAGCCCGAAGUCGUGAUUGAUUUGAUUUCGGACUCGGAGGAGGAGGCCGUUGCCGACGAACCGACGGCCGCGGUUGUUCCUGUGACAUCAUCUUCCAACAAAGUAGAAGCGCUGGAGGAGGGAUUUUCUGCUGCUGCGGCUGCUGCCGUACAUGGAACUACGACUGGGGAAGAAAUGGUAGAUCAUCACCCGGUUCUGGCAGCUCUGAACACCGCAGGGGUCGACGCUGAUGGAAGCCAAGCGAAAGAGAACCAGGUGGAGCAGGUACUGGAAGAAGCACCACUAGUGCACGAGGACGAUGUAAAGGAUCCUAAGCCCGAAGAAAAUGCAGAAGAAGACGUCCGCCUCGCGACGAGCAGCAGCAGUAGCAGUACAACUACAAGCAAGCCGGUUUUGAAUCCCCUCUGGUCGGAGUACCGGAUUAUCAAGCACCAGUAUAAUUUCACGCUAAAUCAGUACCUGAAGCAAAACGCGCCGCAUGCGGUUAUUCCAGAUAAAAGUACAACUGCAGUAGUUGCCGGAGGAGCUGCUGCAGUUUCUGCUGCGGUUAAUGUGUACCAUGGUGCCAGUAAGUUGAGGGUCGGGACUACUAGUGGUAAUCAGUCUGCGACGAGAGUAGAACAAGGGACGACGUCUGCUACUGGUACCGCAGCGGCAGGAAGUACCACAGUUGUAAGUUCAUCCGCAACUACCAGCCAACAGAAUACAACUUUCGACCGCCUGUAUUUUCAGCCUGGCACGGGGGAGCUGCGCGUCACUUUUCCCGAUAUCAACGAAACCAGCUGUCUAUGCACUGCAAAAGUAUCGUACUCGUAGUAAUCGCAGCCAUGCACUACAAAUCUCCAUCCCAAGGUAAAACAGCAUGUCAAAUUCCAUUUGUCAUGCUGACCAAAUUUGUAAUGCGAUUUCUACUAGUACGGUGCUUUUGCAAUUCAUACUGUCGGGGCGGGAUCCUGGCGGAUGAGAUGGGGUUGGGAAAAACGAUCCAGAUAUCCUACGUAAAAACGUCCCCACGACCCCAUACUCAAGAUGGGAAUUCUGCUAGACAAAUCAACCAGCUUUGGCUGUUGCGCAUGACAAGUUUGGCCUCGUAGUGUAGUAAUCCUAUGUAGCUAGAUCCAGCAGCAUCACAGACCUAGCAGAUCAUGCCGAUUCAGGCAUCACAAAUACCAGAACACGAACAGAAAACGCUUCUGAUAGGGCUCCGCAUGAGAAACAUUUUAACCAUGCAAAUGUGCAUGACAACUACGGCGUCGGGACGCUUUUACAUAGGAUACCAGAUGCUCGGACUUCUCGCCACGGAUUUUGACCAAAGACUUUGGCAGGCGAAGCAGCGAAUCGGAAAUAAAAUGCAGCAGCAUGAAAAUGAUGCCGCAACCCGCAUGACAAAUACCCUGAUGCAGUUAAGCAAUAGCAGACCCAAGCUCGGGCCGACUUUGGUGGUCACGCCUCUUUCGCUGAUGGGCCAGUGGAUUCGGGAAAUGGACAGGUUUUUGCACAACAUAUCCCAAGAAAAAACUCCUAGUUUACAGGGACAUCGCAUGGUGCUGUUGCAGGACGAGCAAGACAACAGACACCCUCAGUCAUGCCGAGAGUGCUUGCAAGCAUAUUUACGCGCUUUCCCUGAUAAUCUAUGCAUUGCAAGUUUAUAUCUAUCAUCUUCCCGCCUUUGAAGAUGCAGAGGAAGUUUGUGUUGCUGCAGUUCUUGCAGAAAAUGUGAAUUUAGAACUACUGUAAACAGUUUUUUCUUGCGAUACAGCGACAGCAGCAGUAAACCCUCCACGAACACCAAGGGCACGACCGGGACAGCAACUACUAACAAGAUCAGGUACCUGGAAUACUACGGGUCAGACCGCAAAGGCCAGCAUUUUUCCAAUUACGACAUUGUUUUCACGACCUACGGCGUCGUGAAUGUUGAAGAUGUCAGGACCAGCCCGCUGUUUCAACAGCAUAGUCUCCCGCAACACAACCUCGUCGUCCAGCAGGGAGCUGGGGGUUCUAACACGACAAACAACAGCACAAAUGCACUAGUAGCUUCCACUACUUCGACUUUCCGCCGCAUCAUCCUCGAUGAAGCACAGUGCAUCAAGGGAAAACACACCAAAUUAUCGAAGAAGAUCGCACUGUUGAAAGCUGAUUACAAGUGGUGCGUGUCCGGUACGCCGAUGCAAAAUUCCGUGGAGGAAUUGUACCCGCAGCUCCGUUUUCUGGAGCUGGAGCCGUUCUGCGUGCAACACGUCUGGCGGAAAUUGGUCUCCGACCCAUUGUUUGGCAGAACAUCAAGUGCGAACAGCAGUACUUCAGCGGUCGCCGCGGCCGAGUCCUCGUGGCAGAGCACGGGGACGGUUGAAAACCAGAACAGUGAGCAGGUGAAGAGGGUUCUGGAGCUGAUCAAAAUGAUCUGCAAACCCAUAGUGCUCCGCCGGACGAAAGAAACCAAGUCGGCGCAGAAAGUUCCUGUCAAAAACGUCGCGGCCGGAGAAAGUAAAUCUUCUGGUGCACAAGCAGGAAAUGUAAAAACGCACGAAAUCGUGUACAGAAACCUCAUCACUCUUCCAAAGAGGCACGAAGUGGUCCUCUACGCCGAGUUAGAAUACGCGGAGCGGAAGGUUUAUGGAUUGCAAAAAUGUCUGGGUCUGGAAGGUUGCAACUUCUCAUGCUAACUUUGGAUGCUAAAAAAAUCUGUAUUGCAUGACCAGCAAGAGGAGCCCAGUUUGUGCUACGCGGGGAGGGCAUUUGUCAUGCGGGAUAGGCAUCAGGACGGCCUCUAAAAAUAUGUGAUGCUAGAUCAUGCAUUACAGACAUCCUGAGUCGUGCAAAAUAUGCAUGACAAACUACCUGGAAAGCUUCCAGACCCAGACAUUUUUGCAAUCCAUAAGGUUUACGACCGGCUGUUUCAAGCUUCGAAGCGGAAGAUGGACGUCUUGCUGCAAACGCACACGUAUGAACUGCAAAAAUGUUGUCUGACUCUGGAAGCGUCAUGCUGCUUUUGCAUGACGCAGAAGGUCUGGCAUGGAAUCUCUAGCAUCACAGGUUUCGAGAAGCUUCCGCAAUGCCGAAGCCGCAUGACAAAUGCCCCACUUUGGUGACAGAAAGUGAGCAACUUUUGCUACCUAUGCAUGAGAGAUUUUUAUGUGUUCCGAAAUGCGCAUCAGAAGUUUGCACUGUCCUCCAGACCCAGGCAUAUUUGCAAUGCAUAACACGGAAGAUGCAAAUAAAGGACCGAACCAGCCGCAGCAGAAUAAGGGCAGUUACUUCACCAGCAUCCUUGCUUUGGUGUUAAAACUCCGCAUGUGUUUGGCGCAUUGCAGUCUCGCGUUGCAGGAAAGGGAGUGGGAACCAGUUUUGAAGUAUUAUUUGACGCACGGCGAACAAGGAGCUGCAGCAGAGACAAGCAAAAUGAGCGGUGCGGAGUGUUCCAGCGAGAUAGAACUUGCUAUGCAGGAUAUCAAAAGGAAAAAUCCCCCCUCCCCAUAUCGAAAACGAAACCUGUGAUGCUGUAUUUGAGUACACAAAUCGACUUGUAAUGCUAGAAGGCCAAGAGACGCAGCUGUGGCCUCGUUUGCAGGCAAUUUGUCAUCCUGUUUCCCACUUCCAGCUGCCCCAUGUCAUGCUGAAGACGCAAAGCUUUCCCACGCCAACCAGCGCUACAGUCCGCAUCUUGUCCCUUCUAGCAUAACAAAGCUGAUUUGUGACCCCAAAUCUGCAUCACAAAUUUCUAGUUUGAGUAUGGGGUGGGGGGAUUUUUUAUUUUGAUACAGGACGCGCCGAUAGAACAGCAAGACGACAAGGAACAACUAGGGAACCAAAUUUCCGAAGUGUGUGCCUCGUGUGGCGAGAUGGCGGAAGAUCCGAAAGUGGUGCAGCCCUGUCAACACGUUUACUGCGCGGAGUGUCUGCAUUUGCUUGUUGAAGAAGCAAAAGACAGCGGGCUACUCGCGGUGAAAUGUGUGGCUUGCAAGGUGGAGAUUGUGAUGCCAGAAACUUCGAACCAGAAGACUGACGACGAGCAUCAAAUGAUACAGCCAAAUCCAACCGCAGCCACCGCGUCCAACAAGUUCCCAAAAGCUGCAGCAAAGCAACGCAGGACGAGGAAUAAAACAAACAAUUCGACUGGAGCGGCUCCAAAACAGUUAAGUUUACUUUCCAUGAUGCAAACCAGCCAGAAUGCGGCAAAUAAUGCGGCGAACAAGCAAGCAGCGUCGUCCACAGUGGGCAGUAAAAACAAGGCAGCAGGACUCGUCCCGACUAGUACAUCAUCAACCGGCAGUUACAAGGCUACCUCCAAACCCGCCGCCCCAGCACGGAAACCGACCUCUUCCGUGUUGCUGCAGCAACAUCGCAAAGCGAUCCAGUACCCGAGUGCGAAGAUGAAGCUGCUCGCGGAGAAAAUCAAGCACGACGUCCAAAUUGAAAACCGGAAAAUUCUCGUUUUUUCCCAGUGGACGUGUUUUCUGUCGCUUUUGGAAAGCUACUUCCUCCUCCCCGAGGGGUCCAAACAGCUGACGUCGAACCAGGUCCGCACGUUGGACGGCUCUCUGUCGAUCCACCAAAGGCAAGACUGCGUGGAUUGGCUCCAGGCAGCGCCAAGUUAUUCCGCGAGCUCGAGCCCCCCGCCGGGGAAGGUGUUGUUGAUCAGCCUGAAGGCCGGCGGAGUGGGGUUAAAUCUUGUGUCGGCGACAAGAGCGUACUUGUUGGAUUUGUGGUGGAAUCCGGCAGUGGAGGAGCAGGCGUUUCAGAGAAUCCAUAUCCAGUGCAAAUAUGUUUGGGUCUUGAAGAAUGCAAGAUUUGUCAUGCAUAUUUUGCAUGGCCCAGAACUACGUCUGGAAUGCGAGUGGUAGCAUCACAAGUUUUAUUGCGAAGGCUCCGCAAAAAUGCCUUUUCUGCAUGAGAAAUGUUGUCUUCUCGUAAACCGAAUUGGCCAACAUGCAAUACAGAUUUUUGCGUCGAUCAGACCUAGCAUGACAAACUCAAACUCUUCCAGACCCAGAUAUAUUUGCAUUUGAUAAUCCACCGGAUCGGGCAACUUGAGGAGGUUUACUGUGUAAAAUUCGUUAUCAAGAAAAGCAUCGACGAACGGAUUCUGGCUCUGCAGGAAAAGAAGCGGCAACUGAUUCAGGG